UUACAUGCACAUUACGUAUAUAAACCAUAAGUCCAUAACCAUAAACCCUCUUCUUGUCUCAAAACCCUCCACCAAUUCAACAACCAUGGAGCCAAAGAAAACAAGGGGUCGUCAAAGAAUCGAGAUCAAGAAGCUCCAAGGUAACCAGCAGCAAGUCACUUUUUCGAAACGUCGAAAAGGCCUGUUCAACAAGGCCAGUGAACUCUGUGUUGUAACCAAUGCUGAGGUGGCCGUUCUUGCUCAGUCUGUUGGAGGCCGUGUGUUUGCUUUUGGCCACCCGAGUGUCGAUCGUGUCGUCGAGGCUUAUCUUGGGAACAAUGUGGUGGAUUGGGGUGAAGUGGGGGAGGACUUAAGGUCAAAUUAUGAGGAGUGGAAUAAGAAGUACUUGGAGAUUGUUGAGGAGACUAAAGUUGAGAAGGCGAAAGUGAGUAUAGUGGAGGAAAGUAGUCGCAGGUUUUGGUGGGAGAAUUGUUUUGAGGAUUUGGAGGUUGAUGAGCUUGAGAUUUUUAUUGAUUCGAUGGAGAAGUUAAAGACUAAUUUGAUGGUGAAAGGUGAGGAAUUGAAGAUUAAUGAGAUUGCCAAUGCUGAUGAUCCUCAGUCACUUGAUGAUCAAGUAGUGGUGCCUAAUUCAGAUCAGUUUGUUUCGUAUAAUGUGGGAUUUGCUAAUGGAGAUUUGAUGAUGCCUGCUGUUAAUUAUGGUUCCAGUGGGCUUAAUAAGUAUGGCUUCGUGAACGAUGGAUUGGUUCUUGAUGAUAAUGGUGGUGAUAAUUUGCAGGAUUUAAGUGAUUUUGGUACUUUUGGGGUUCCUAAUACUAGUGAUCUCUAUUUUAGCCAGGAUUAGAUUCGAAGUGAAAGCAAGGGCUUUCUUUUUCUUGACUUAAUUAGUUACUAAUUGUGAGUAAUUAGCAGGAUAUUGGAAAUAAUUAGUAAGUUUGAAGUGGUUCCUGAAGAUUUCUGGGGUGGGAGACUAGAUCUUCAAGAAUUUCGGGAUAAAUUUGUAUAUGUACUUGAAUACGGUGUUAAUUAUUGUUUAAUAACAUUGUCACAUCUGUUCAAGUUUGAGUUACUGAUG